AUGGCACGCACCUUCUUGGACCUGCUGUGGGACUACGGCGUGUUCGUGGUGUUCAUCAUCUUCUCCACGCUGGUUCCCCUGUGGGGACGAUUCUUCGGCAAGAAGGAGAAAACCAAAGCGGACUAUGUGUUCGGGUUGGGCACGAUUUCGAUGGGCGCCAUGAUGCUGUCGAUCGCCCGUGGGACGCUGGGCGUUCGAUCGUUCCUGGGAUAUCCGAGUGAACUGUUCUACCGUGGGUCGGCCAUGUGGGAAACCCUGUACGGGAUGGUGACCGCCUAUCCGAUCGUGUGCUUCGUGUUCAUCCCGGUGUACUUCAAUCUGGGCGUUACCUCCGUUUACCAGUAUUUGGAUUUGAGGUUUAACAGCCGCAUAGUUCGUUGCCUGGCGUCCGGAACCUACGUGGUCCGAUCUUUACUAAACCUUGGCGUUACGGUUUACACUCCAACGGUAGCUCUGAAUACCGUCAUCGGAAUACCUUACUGGGUCUCCUUACUCGGAAUAUCCGUCAUCAGUAUCAUAUUCAACCUGCUAGGAGGACUGAAAGCAGCUAUCAUGGCCGAUGUAAUCCAGGGAGUCACCAUGAUCUUGAUCUCGAUCGGAAUCAUCAUCCAGUCAAUGGUCACAGUUGGAGGUUUCGGGAAGAUUUUCACGAUUCCCGCAGAAAAUGGCCGCCUAAACUUCUUCAACUUUACGGGAGACUUCACAAUACGAGUGGAUACAACUUCGGCCUGGUUGGGACAGCUCUUCAUGUCGCUGAGUAUCUUCGGCUGUCAACAAAACUUUGUGCAACGUUAUCUGAGCAUGAGCACGUUUAAGGAGGUGCGUCGCACUCUGAUGAGCAACAUUCCUGUCGUGGUCACGUUGUUCUCUUUGGCGUGGAUCGUCGGAAUGGGAGUCUACUCGGUGUACGCUGAUUGUGACCCGAUGACCGAAGGCUACAUCAAUAAGAUGGACGAAAUAUUGCCAUUUUUCGUGGAGGACAAAUUCAGCUAUCUGCCAGGAGUGUUGGGAUUAUUUAUGGCAUCGCUGUUCAACGGAGCGUUGAGCUUGAACGUGUCCAAUCUGAACUCGCUGGCUACCGUUACCUGGGAGGACUUCCUGUCGCAGUUGCCACGUUUUAAGGGCAUCAGCGACAAGCAACAGUUGACCAUCAUCAAAUUCAUCGGAUCAGUCUACGGAGUUAUGGUAAUGGGUGUUGGCUUUGCUGUGGGACUCUUGUCCGGAGUGAUCGAAAGUAGUAUGCUCAUGACUUCCGCAACGUCGGGACCUCUGCUAGGAGUAUUUCUUCUUGCCAUGCUCGUACCAGUAGCCAACUGGAAAGGCGCAGCCUGCGGAAUGAUUGUUUCUCACAUUAUCACUCUAUGGAUUACGUUCGGAAGUCUUACCGUCAACAAAGAAACUGUACUGCUGCCUACUACUAUUGAGGGUUGCACAAACGAGACAUUCUCGGCUGGCAUUAUCAAACCAUCCAAGUCGUGGCUUCUUUCCAACACUCCCCUCGAAGUGGAAUCGGACUUCUCCUACCUGGACGGACCCUCGGAGGUGCACAUCCCGGAAGCCCGUCAGUUCCCGGAAAACCUGUACUCAAUCUCGUACAUGUACUACAGCUUAAUCGGAACAUUCCUAACCGUCACCAUCGGAAUCCUUGUCAGUUAUCUGACACAAAACCGAGAUGAUGCUUACGACCACAAACUCCUCCAUCCGGCGGUCUAUCGUUUGAGCCGAAUGCUGCCCGGUAAGCCCCGCCGCUAUGUCAACAACCCCGACAUCCGACCCAAACACGCCCCGGCGACAUCCAAGAAAAUUCCUCUGGACAACCCGGCCUUCGAGCCAGGCAUGGAGUCGAUACACGGGAAGAAGUCUCCCCUGGAGCCGUCGGUAUUCGUCGUCAACACGCCGCCGGCUUCGUCCAGUGUUCCCAGUGCUGAGUCAGCUGCGUUUACCAACCGACAGUUAGACUGCGGCGAACUGACAGAAGUCCGAACGUGAGUCUCCGCUAUCGCCACCCAUCCCGUUUGAUUAGCUAGUAAGUGUGUGCCGCUGAUCAUUAUUUAAUGCGUUUGUUUGUUAAGUUGUAAGAGCUUAGAACACAAAAGACUGUGAUAAGACAUAAUCAAGUUUAAGGAUAUUGAAAUAACUACAAAAACCCAGAUUAGAAUCCGAGUUUCCAUCGUUGUUGGAGCAACGAUUAUUUCAUGGAAUCGAAAUACAAGUACUUGCUAGUAUGAAUAUCUUUUUAGAAUAAAAUAUGUUUUACAACUCUUGA